AUGCCGGACAUCACGGCCUGGGCGCUGUCCCGUCUCAGUCAGCUGCUCCCGCUUGAUAAUGAAUCGCUAAUGCAAAUCAUCGACUACUCCGCGAGUCUGUCCAAAGACGCCAGCGCCGAUCACCUCAAAAACCUCCUCGGCGACUCCCCCGCCGCCCUGGAAUUCAUUACUUCCUUCAAUGCCCGUCGCAAUACCGGAUCUACCACGAAUGCCUCGACCCAAUCCAAUGCAGCCCUUUCCUCCACGAAUGACCGACCGAAGGGGAAGAGCAAGAAGGAGAAGAAGCCACUGCACAGCGCCGGCCCGCCGCGACGUCCAUCCAACUAUGGAGAUAUCGGGGGAGGUUAUAUGAAGUCGAAGCAGGAUGAGGUCUACAUGCCCGCCAGCAAAUCCACCUCUCAUCCCUCCCAUGGACUCUCCACGCCCGGUUCGUCAGCUUCGUCCCGUGCCCAGUCGCCCCUCCCGGUCCCCGUCGCCAAACCUCCCCCGUCCGCCUCGGGGCCUGUGCUUUCAGAUAUACUCCCGAAUGUGCGUUCGAAGACAAGCAAAUCGACCAGGCAAGCCGGAGGCUCAGCGACCCCGUCCAAGUCCACUGGGGCCCUGACGACCAACAAUAUCUCCGACUUGACCGCCGCCAUUGCGGCGCUGGAGAUAUCAACAAACCCGACUCUCGGCUCCACACAACGGAAAUGCUCCUGUUUUGCCUCCAUUCAUCCAUUAUUCGACCCCGCUCCCAAUUGCAUCAAUUGCGGUAAAAUCAUCUGCUCCCUGGAGGGCUUACAGCCAUGCUCCUUCUGUGGCACCCCGCUCUUGUCGGCCGAGGAGAUUCAAGGAAUGAUCAAAGAACUUCGGGCCGAGCGGGGACAGGAAAAGAUGCGCGCUCACAAUGAGAGUGUUCACCAUGACGGGGGGCCACGGCCAUCGGGCUCGGGAUCCGGAUCAUCGACCCCCAACAAGCUAGAUGCAGCCCGAGCGCACAGAGAUAAGCUCCUUCAGUUCCAAGCACAGAAUGCCCGUCGAACGAAGGUGGUGGACGAGGCGGCUGACUUCGAAAUCCCGAACGUGGCUUCCACGCUAUGGAUGAGCCCCGCUCAACGUGCACUCGCGCUCAAAAAGCAACAGCGCAUCCAGCGUGAGUUGGAGGAGAAGGCUCGCCCAGAGUGGGAGAAGAAGAAGACUGUGAUGAGCCUCGAUAUCAAAGGCGGCAAGGUACGACGUGUUUAUCAAUCGGCCGCGAUCGAAUCCACUCCAGAGACCAGCGAGCCAGAUGCGGCGGAUGCGGCGGAUGCGGAGGAUGCCCAGGGGCCGGAGAGUACCCGUGCAUUCAGCAAAAACCCCCUGCUUGCGGCAGGAGGCCUGAUGCGUCCAGUGUGGAAGGCUCCCGAUGGCAAGACUGCUGACAAUGUCGAGCGGAACGAGCGGAAACAAACUUGGCGGCGUGUUCAGGAUGACAAUGACGAUAACGAACAGUGGAUUCUGGAUGGUGGAUUACAUGGACACAGCAACAAGGCUGCAUGA